UUUUAUUAGAGCCAUGACUAUGAAAUAUUUCAUUACAUUUUACUUAAUUGUUGCAAUGGCAAUUCCACAAACCAAAGCUCAGCUUGGUAUUCUCAAUGAUCUAUUGGGUUCUGCUAAUAUUAAAGGAACUGUACUUUGCACUUCUAAGGAUAAUGUUGGUGCUGCAACCCCUGGUUUUUCAAAUGCUCAAGUACAACUACAAUGUGGAGGAAACAUGCUCUCUAAUGCAACAACUGAUAAUAAUGGAAAAUUUUCAAUGAUGAUGGAUAAUCCUCUACUCUAUGAUCUUUCAUCACUACUCACUAGUUGCAAUCUAAUGGUUCCUACACCACUCUCUAAUUGCAACACUAAACUUCCUUCUGCUGGUGGCCUAAUUUCAACUCUCAAAUAUGUUGGAAUCAGUCAUAUUGGGACUCAAACUCUUGCCAAUAUUGCACCUUCAGGAUUUCAUUUCAUUCCCUUAACUUAGGUUAAUUAAUUAAUCCAUUAU